CUCAGAACCUUCUCUUUGUACAGCACAUCUCCUCUCACCAUGUCCUACAACUGCUGCUCUGGAAACUUCCCCUCCCAGUCCCUUGGGCGACACCUGCGCUACCCAGGAUCUUUCUGUGGCUCAUCCUACCCCAGCAACCUGUUCUGCAGCACCAACCUCCACUCUCCCAGCACCUGUCAGCUGGGUUCCUCCCUCUCCAGUGGCUGUCAGGAGACCGGCUGUGAGCCCACCAGCUGCCAGACAUCCUACCUGGUGUCUAGUCCCUGCCAGAUGUCCUGCUACCCGUCGAGAACCUCCACACUCUUCAGUCCCUGCCAGACGACUUACACCGGGUCUCUGGGCUUUGGCUCCAGCGGCUUUCAAUCUUUGGGUUGUGGCUCUCCCUCUCUGGGCUUUGGAUUGGGUGCUUUCCAAUCAGUGGGCUAUGGUCCCAGUGCUUUUUCAUCCCUGGGGUGUAGAUCCAGCUUUUACCGUCCACUCUACUCUUCUAGAAGCUGCCAGUCUGCUUUCUACCAACCAACUUGUGGAUCUGGCUUCUACUAAUCUUAUGUUUGAGCAUAAUACCUACUAUGUCUAGAAAUUUACCAUAAUACCAGCUAUGUCAAGAUCCAUGCUAUCUAUUGAUCUCUGUCCUAACAUUAGCUUACAAAUUUGACUUGUAUUGUUACCUAAUAUGGUUUAGAAAUAAUUUGAAUUCUGGUAAUCGGAAAACACAUUCAUUGAAGAAAGAUGUCAGAACAGCUUUCUUGUAGUUAUAUAAACAUGCAAUAUUGAAACAUAUUUCUUUCUUAAUAUCUUUCUUAAUAUCUCCUAGUGCAUUUAUUUAAAAUUUUACAAAAUGGAAAAAUGUAAGUGUAAAUAAAAAUGUUAC